AUGGAGAAAACAAAUGGAGGAGAGGCCUUUGUCGUGUCCACAAUGGAGACUGUCAUAGAGAACCUGGGGCUGGAGCACACGGAAGAAGGAAUAAAUCCUGAGGGAACCAGGCAGACUGAAGAGGAAGGACACAGCCUUGAGGAUGGGCUGGGGCCUCCCACUAACCAGAGGAGGAACCUACAACCUUACAGCAGGGCAAGAAGUUUCUGCAAAACAUACGCUGGCUUGUUCAAGAAGAUCCUGCUGAGCCUGUUGUGUUUGGCUUAUGCUGCCUACUUCCUGGCAGCUUGCAUCUUGGAUUUCCAGAGGGCACUGGCCUUGUUCGUCCUCACCUGUUUGGUGCUCUUGGUCCUGGUUUACCGCGUUCUCAAAAGGUUCUUUGGUAAAAAGUUAACAAGAUGCCUGAAGCCCUUUAAAAACUCCCGCCUGAAGCUGUGGAUGAAAUGGGUGUUCGCAGGAGUCUCCGUGGUUGGCCUUAUCCUGUGGCUAGCUCUAGACACAGCCCAAAGGCCAGAGAAGCUGAUCUCCUUCGCAGGAAUCUGCAUGUUCGUCCUCAUCCUCUUUGCCUGCUCCAAACGCCACAGUGCAGUAUCCUGGAGGACAGUGCUUUGGGGCCUGGGUCUUCAGUUUGUCUUUGGGAUCUUGGUCAUCAGAACUGAUCCUGGAUUUAAUGCAUUUCAAUGGCUGGGAGAUCAGAUUCAGAUUUUCCUGAAUUACACUGUGGCUGGCUCUAGUUUUGUCUUUGGAGAUAUGCUGGUCCAGAAUGCCUUUGCUUUUCAGUCCUUACCAGUCAUCCUUUUCUUUGGAUGUGUGAUGUCCAUUCUCUACUACCUGGGCGUUGUGCAGUGGGUAAUUCAGAAGAUCGCCUGGUUUUUGCAAGUCACCAUGGGCACCACUGCCACAGAGACCCUGGCUGUGGCAGGAAACAUCUUUGUGGGUAUGUCAGAGGCACCUCUGCUCAUCCGUCCGUACCUUGCAGAUAUGACACUCUCUGAAAUGCAUGCAGUGAUGACUGGAGGGUUUGCCACCAUUUCAGGCACUGUGUUGGGAGCCUUCAUAUCAUUUGGGAUUGACGCGUCAUCCUUGAUUUCUGCCUCUGUGAUGGCUGCCCCUUCUGCUCUUGCCUUGUCAAAGCUCCUAUAUCCAGAAGUGGAGGAGUCCAAGUUCAAGAAUAAGGAGGGGGUAAAAUUGCCCCGUGGGAAGGAGAAGAAUAUCCUGGAAGCUGCCAGCAAGGGAGCCACAGAUGCCGUAGGCCUUCUUGUUAAUGCAGCAGCCAAUCUGAUUGCCUUUUUGGCCGUGUUGGCCUUCAUCAAUGCUGCCCUCUCCUGGCUAGGGGAAUUGGUAGACAUACAAGGGCUCACUUUCCAGGUCAUCUGCUCCUAUAUCCUGAGGCCCAUGGUGUUCAUGAUGGGUGUAGAGUGGGCAGACUGUCCAAUGGUGGCUGAGAUGGUGGGGAUCAAGUUCUUCACGAAUGAGUUUGUGGCCUAUCAGCCACUGGCUCAAUACAAGAACAAACGACUCUCUGGAGUGGAAGAGUGGAUUGGGGACGAGAAACAGUGGAUUUCUGUGAGAGCUGAAAUCAUUACAACAUUUUCACUCUGUGGAUUUGCCAAUCUUAGUUCCAUAGGAAUCACACUGGGAGGCUUGACAACAAUGGUACCCCACCGGAAGAGUGAUUUGUCCAAGACUGUGAUCAGUGCCCUCUUCACAGGGACCUGUGUAUCCCUUAUCAGUGCCUGUGUGGCAGGAAUCCUCUAUGUCCCCAGGGGAGCUGAAACUGACUGUGUCUCCUUCCUAAACACAAGUUUUACCAAUAGAACCUAUGAGACCUAUGUGUGCUGCAGAGAGCUCUUCCAGAGUACUUCUCUGAAUGACACCAACUCUCCUUCUUUUUCUGGUCCCUGGGAAGAUAAAGAGUUCAGUGCCACAGCCCUUGCUAACUGCUGCGAACUCUACACUAAUGCCGUCUGUGCCUAA